AUGCCAUCCUCUUCACUUCACCGGGGUUCAUCUACCAAGGCAACACAUGACCUGAUGGGCGACGAAAAGUCAUCCUCUUUACUCAAUCAGAGCCCGCCUACUAAACGUGCAACACCUCACAACCCGACAGAUAUGGUCAUUGGUGGCGAGAAGACUGAAACUGAAACCAAGCUAGAAAGAGAUGGAAACAUCAACGCUCUUCAGCGAUAUCGAUACUUGACUUGGCGCAACUCCGUACAUCCCGAAUCUUCCUGCGAACUUCUAGACACAGAGGAAAACCUCCGAGAAGUUGUUCAAGAAGAAAUUUCUAUCAAAGAAGGAACCGCUACGCCGGGAACCAAUGCUGAAGAAAGACUCAGCAUCUUGAAUAAGAAAUACUGGCUCUUGUCUCAGAGGUGGUGGUACUGUCGGUCUGAUCUGGAAAAUUUUCAAUUGAGGGGCUUUAUUCUUUGGCGGUCACACCCUCAGUGGUAUAUGCAUCUUAUGCUCGUAGAGGAAUGCGCGGGUCGACAAGGAUGCUGCGCUCGAGGAUGUGGUUGCUGUCUUGACCGCAAAAUUCCUCCGUCACGGAGUCUUGGUAUUGGACAUUGUACGCUCGAAUGUGGAUGUUGUCGGAGAGCGAGGGGCUUUGAAGUUUCUCCCACCGAUAAAAAAUUAUUGAAGGAACAAUUCAAGAACACCGUUCAGGAGCGCAGCUACCGCAUAACCAGAUAUCAGCGAGUCUCGAUGUGGGGUCUUGUCGGUGAUAGCCGCAAGGACCCAUUUGACAUGAUUGAUGUGCCGCCGAGCUACGAUCAGAUUGAACAGAAAGGCAUGGAGUGA